AUGGCGCCCUCCUCGACGCUCGUGGCCGCCGCGCAGAACGCCGUCACGCGCGCGCUCUCGCUGCGGCCGGGCGGCACGCUCCCGCCGUUCCCGCCGCUGAGCCCCGCCUUCUGGGCCGCCUGCCCGCACCCCGCCCUCCUCGCCCGCCUCGGCGCCGCCGCCACCCAGCGCCUCGCCCGCGACCUCCUCGCCGACCUCGCCGUCUUUGCCCCGCGCGUAGAACACACCGUGAUGGUGCAGACGCUGGUGUCGGCGACGACGCUGGCGCACGUGCUCGGCGCGGCGGGGCACUGGCACGCGCGGCUGCACCCGUGGGCGGCGGACGUGGCGGCGCCGGCGCGCGACGUGCAGAUGGACUGGGCCGUGUUCGUCGGCGCCCACCUCGUCUGCGACGCACACAGCGGCUACGCCCGUCUCCGGCCCUACUUCGACAACGCCCUCCGCGCACCGGCGGCGGCGGGCGUGCGGGCCGUGCGCGACGUGUUGGGGCCGAAACGCCAGCGCAAACCGCGGGCAAAGGCUACCACUGUAUUCGAAUUCCCAGACGACCAUCCAUCCCCUCCUCUAGAUCUUGUCAGUGCUCCGACCGCGUCUCCCCCAUCCUCCCCAGUCCUUUCCGACGAAGAAGAAGAAGAAGAAUCGCUCAACCGCAAGAUCGCCGAACUAGAAGAACUCUACAUUAAUUACCACCUGUGUGAAGCGCCACCCCAGCAGACGGACGAUGCUAUGGAUGUCGAUGUCGAUGAGCGCGUGCCGCUGGAAGAUCUGUCGAACGACUGGGGGCUGGCGGAGCGCGCGCCGGCGAUAGAGACGCCGUGGCACCACGAUAUCUUUGGCGACAAACGCAAGCCCGCCGUCCUCCCGACGCCGUCCAGAUCCCCAGGCGCCGGCAAAGGAAAAGAAAACAAGAAGCCGUCCCCGUCCCCGUCCCCGAUUCUCCGCACUGGCAGGCGUGCAUGGGCCACGGGCCGGUCCCGUCCCCUGCACUAUAUGCAUGUGCAGCCCGCCUCGAGCCCAAGCCCGCCGUCCUCGCCCGCAUCCAGCAAGAACGGCAACGCAGAGUAUGACUAUGACGUCUCGAGCCCGCCGUCCUCGCCCGCAUCCAAUGAGAACGGCAACUCAGACUACGACGUCUCGAGCCCGCUGUCCUCGCCCACAUUGAACAAGAACCGCAACGCCAACGCCAACGCCAUCGCCCUCGUGGAUACGGCGCCCCCGCCCCCGCCCACACUGUCCAUCACCCGCGUGUACGCCCCGCUGCCGCGGCGGGGGCAGGACGACCUCGCGCAGUAUGUCGUCGGCGGCCACGAUGCCGCGCAGGUGCAGUCGGGCGUCGCGCCGGCCGCGGCCGCGGGCACGAGGAGAGAGCAGGAGUGUGUGGAGCAGUAUGUGGUGCUUGCUGGGUGGGUGAGUGGAGAGGUAGACGGUGCGUAA